AUGACGAACGGCUUCGACUUGAGCGAGGUUCUGGCCAUCGCUAGCAACCACCCUUUUUAUUCUGACACGGAAUAUCCACCGAAGAGUGAAGAUUUGCCUAUUUUGUUAGCAAAGCAUCAAAAGUUGGGAACAAAAUUAUCGCUAUCGUCUUUUCCAUUGACUCGGAAAGAAGCAUUAUAUAAGGAGAUUGCUAGACUUACCACGGACCAAGACCCCCGAAAUGGGUAUCGACGGGAGACUUAUAUCAGUACGACUGGUGGGGGAUCCGGUGGAGGAGCUCCAAUGGUCUUCGCAACAGAUUCGCGAGAGACCCGUCAACAGCGAGCAGCUAUUGGAUCUCUGUUGCAUUCUUGUGGGAUCGUAGGACCAGGAGACUGGGUCAUGACGAUGCAUGUUUCGGGACAUCUUUACAGAGCUUUGGACCUCAUGGCUGAGGUAUUAGAGGGGUCUGGCGCCACGGUUCUUUGUGCCGGCAGCCAGAUGGAACAGGACGAGAUGAUUGAUAUAAUUAUUGGCUAUCGGGUGAAUGCAAUUGCCGGGGACGCAGGUCAAAUCGUUCAGCUGGCGCGAUACAUCUCCACCCUCUCAGAGGAGAAGAGAAAACAACUGUUGAUCAACAAAGCACUGUAUACCUCGGAGCCAAUGACCCCCGCCCAGCGCAGCUUUUUGAUUUCUGUCUUUCCCAACAUAGCUGUCUCGUCGGUGAUUGGUAGCGCGGAAGCUGGGCCCUGGGCUGUCUCGCCAGCUGAGCUGACAGAGACCACAUGGGACCAUCACUACGCCGAUUUUGUGUAUGACCAACGUCUGAUGCACCUCGAGAUAUUCCCUUUCUCCAUCGAGGACCCCCAAGGCCGAUGCGAUGUCGAUGUCCAGCCUCUUCCUCAUGGCGAGAAGGGGAUGCUUGUGCAAACCUCCCUGCAGAGGCUGCGUCAUCCUCUCAUCCGCUAUGUUUGUGGUGAUGUUUGCUCGCUCCACCCUUUGCCUGACUCAAUGAAGGCCAAAGUCCCACCAGAAGAUGCACCUCACUACAAAGUCGCGCGGAUAUACGGACGCGAUCGAAGAAUCAGCUUUGAUUGGUACGGCGAGUACUUCGAAUUCCCAGUCAUUCAGGCUAAAAUGCGAGAUGAGUCAUGGGGAAUCUUGCAGUACCAGAUCAUUCUCCGGUAUAGUGAAGGAGACAAGGACAAUAUUGGCAUUGUUCUUGAGCUGCGUGUGCUACGGCAUGACGAGCCGGGCACGAUUAGCAAAAGCGAACUGACACGGAAGUUGCGGAGCUUCUUCAAGGUUUUCGAGAACAACGAAGAGUUGUUCGAUUUGACAUAUCUGCCUGACUAUUCGGGUUUCAUUAGAAGUACUACGGGGCGGAAGGUGAUUAGUUUCAUCGAUCAAACACGCGAUUAG